AUGAAGGUUGCGCUAGUUUUGUGCUUGGUCAUUGGCAGUGUGGUAAGUUUUAUGUACAGGUCAUAACCCUAACAUAGCAUAUCGUACCAUACCCCAUCCUAACAUAACCUACCCCAUAAUAUUAUACCAUAUCCUACCGUACCCUGUCGUCCCCAACCCUAUCCUACUAUACCAUAUCAAACCAUACCCUAACAUUUUGUACCCCACCCUACAUUAGAUUACCGGGCAUUAUCCCACUAUCCUACUUUAACCCACCAUACACUAGUGUACAAAAUUUUUAAUUAAAACCAAUUUUUAGUGUGCCGGUGACGAUGACGACCUUCGUGAUGCCAUUUUCAAAAUAUUGGGUGACAAUCGUGUUAAUAUCACAAAACAACAAGUCCAUUCCGAACUUUUGCUCUACAAAAGCGAUGCAAGUUUUCAAUUUCUAUUAUCUCUGUGUCAAAAGCCCUGCUACCAAAUUAAACCAUCGUUUUUCCCUCAAUUUGCAGUUUUAGGCAAUUGAAAUCGCGGAAAAGCUGAAAGUCUACGACAAUGUUACCAACCUUGUUAGUGACGCCAACGAUUUGCUCGUGAAAGGUGCUGUCAAAUUGCCAUCGGCCGUUCUCAAGCUGAGACAAGUACGCUGCCUGUUGGCCAAGGCCGAUGAUUCAAGCUUGCGCUCGCUAGACUUUACAACUGAUCUUUUGCACAUUGCAGAAGUCAAGGUAGGGCUUAUUUUAGAGUUUUGUUCUUUAAAAAUGCCAAAAAUUUCAAAAAAUCCACGCCAAAGUUUAAUUUCCAAAAAAAAAUGUUUGAUUCCCUCCAUAACACGAAAAACCACAAACAUCAGCCCAUCUGAAAUAAACGCCCUGCCCUACAUCCCGCCCACAGCCAUUUUAAAUAACAAAAUGUUUCACCAUUGCCAAGCUAGUAUAAUAUCCUACCUUUCCCUUUAGGCCGAAGACAGACUAGCCGAAGUUGCCGCCCUGGACAGUGUCAACAAAGCCGCCGGCCUAAACCUGACAAAAACUCAAAUCGAAGACUAUUUGAUAAACUUGGUCUUAGAAUCUUAUCAAGCCAAAAUGGUAGUAAGCAGCAAACUUAACCCUCACAGUUUGUUGAAUGAAACCUAUGUCAGCCUUAGCAAUAUCGACCUCAAACAUCCGCUGAGCUCGAGCCUCCGAGUGUACAUUGACUCUCUCGACAGACUCGACAACUUCAUUCACGGCGUUAGAAAAAAUCAAGUUGGACGCAGCGUUUUAACCGACCUUCUUAAUUUAUUGAAAAGAGCCAAGGCUAAACAUGAUGAUGAUCUAUUGGACGGUGUGAGUGGCAAAGCUUUGGAAAUUUACGAACGUUUGGUCGAUGAUUUGAAAGACUUGAAGCCUCUUCUUCGCGCAUAA